AUGCCUCGACACAAUUUGCGACGGCCAAUAUUCCCCUCUGGUGAAGAUGGCGCCUUCUCUUCUGUCGCAAGGCUCGAUGAGCCGCAAGCAGGUCCGUCACGCAACUCCAUGACAGGCAGAGCAGGAGCCCCAGCUGCCCACCACCGAUCGAUAGCGACCGGGCCCUCAGGCCACGUCUUCGGGGCGCGAGGUACGCCGAUUGCAGAGGACCCGAAUUCUGAGGAUGCGGUCCCCUUUGAGGAUGAUAUCGACCUUGAAGACGAAGAUAGUGAGAUAGACGAGGAGCUUGAGGAAAACGACGAGGGGGUAGGGGAUGAUGAAGACUAUGAAAUGCAGGAUGACGACAAAAACGUAUCCCUUCCAAUCCCUCCCAAUCUUCGUGAGAUAUCCUCACUUGCCUCAUGGACAGUUUCUACCCAUAAGCCUGGUUGUGGCAUUGCCGCACUUCGCCACCCCUCUCCCUCUCAGUUUUGGCAGUCUGAUGGACCGCAGCCUCAUACUCUCACCCUACAUUUUUUUAAACGUGUCUCUGUGGUUAGAAUACGAGUAUGUCUUGACUUCGAGUUAGAUGAAAGCUACACGCCUACAAAAAUGAUAUUUUUGGCUGGAAUGGGUGGCAAUGAUCUUGUUGAGUUCGCGACUUGGCAAGGUGAAGCGCCUUGUGGAUGGGUCGACAUCCCCCUAGAAGGAGUGGGCGGAAGACAGGGACCGCAGCGAAGAAGACGACGACGCGGAGUUAAAGGAAAGGACCGCAAGCCAGCCAAACUAAGAGACGAAAACGUUGGAGCGCCAUCGGCAAAUGGUGAUGCUGGUGGUAAUAAUAGUGACUGCAGUGUUAUUUCUGAUUAUGACGAGGAUGAUAACAUUUUUGACAACAAUGGAAACCUAUCAGCGGGCAAUAUUCUAAAAGCCAUGGUUAUACAAGUCCGAAUCUGCGAAAAUCACCAGAACGGAAAGGACACUCAUCUUCGAGGGUUUCAAAUCUUUGCCCGUGACGAAACAUACUAUGCUCGGACACGCAGGGACAGCGGCCGAAAACUCCCCCAAACAAGCGACGGGACUAGAAAAACCGAUGAUAUCCAUACUACACAUGAAUCUAGUAAUGAAAUAGAGUACGGAAUGACCUUGAUGGAUGAAUCGGAGUGGUUUUUAGAGCCUGAACUCCGCUAG